AUGCAUUCGGAAUCGUCAGCCAUAAAACGUAACAGUAGUAUCAGUAAACAGGAUAAUGAUAACAGUAUAUUGAAGUAUUUUAAGAAAAGAAAAAAUGAUGAAGUAUUGACAACUACUAAUUCUAUAUUAUCUGUAGCAUCUGCUUCACCAAAUUUGCAAAUAAAUGUAUUAAAUAAUGAAACAACAAAUACUAAUUCUAUAUUAUCUGUUAUACCUGAUUCAUCAUCCUCAAUUAUGCCAAAUAAUAUUUUAGAAGAUACUGAAAGCAUACGUGAACCAGCAAGAACAACAAGAGCAGUGACAUGCGACUCAAAUGAUAAUUCUGAUUUAUACGAAACAGGAAUCAAAUUACGUAUGAUUGAAACCUUGCUUCAUUCGUGUCAAGAUCUAAUCAAGUUAUCCACAUCUGUUGAUGUGUGUGAAGAAAUGUUUAUAGAAAAGUCAAAUGCUUUUGCUGAUAAAGUUCUUCAACUUGGAAAUGAUUUAAAAAAUUUAUGUAUCAAUAUUAUGUCGAAAAUAGAAGCUAAUCGAAAUAAAAUAAAAAUAAGUGAUUCACUGGAAAAUAAUUUAAUCAAUCGUGAUCCAGGACCAGGUGGUGAAAAGCGCACAGAUGCUUGGAUUUCGAAUGGUGUGUCAACAUGGAAUAAAAUGAAGAGUCAAGGAAUGCAAAAGAAAGGCAAACUUGAACAACAUUUUUCAUCUGCAGCACACAGAGCAUCAGUUGAUCGAUACUUAAAUUUCAAAACGAAAAAGCUGAAUGUUGAUUUAAUGCUUAAUAGUAAUCGAUUUAAAGAAAACCAAGAACAGGAAAUAAUCUUACAACUAAAUAAACAGGUGGUCGUAACUUUACUUGAUUCUGCAAGAUAUCUUGCACGACAAGGUUUAGCAUUUCGACGGGAGCCAGCAAGUGAAGGUUUGUAA